ACACAUUUUCCAAUCAAAAUCAAAAUGAUACGGUCAACGGUGUAUAGCUCUUAGAAUUUGUGAAAAUUGUGGAAGGUUCCCUUCGUGGAGACAGAGCUUCGAUAGACAGAACUCGAGAGCAUCUAGCGAUUAGAGUAGAAGCGAGGAUAGCGAAUCGCGUCGCAACGUGUCAGGGAAAUUCGGGAUGCCACGAUCCUCGCUGGAUCGAGGAGAGUGCGUGAUCAGCGUUACGAAUGCCAUGGACGCGCGGUCGGAAUACAAGGUUACGGACCCGGUUCCUUUCAACCCUGAUCGCCGAUUGGCCCGCCGAGGUAACGGCACUUCCCAGGGAUCUACGGCGCGGUUAGGAUCCAACUCGCCGCGGCAGACGCUCGAGUGCUGUUCGUGAAUCACGACGAUCGUGAUCUUUUUUUCGUUCCCCGAAACUGUGAAACGAUGCCGCCGAUCACGGCGUCCGGGAAGCCGGCGAUUUGACGGAGUGCUGGUGCAACGUCCAGGUGAGCAGUAUGCGACUCGUUCCGUUGCUGGUAAUCCGCGGUCUGCUGCUGUCGUGGAUGCUAUUGCUGCCAUGUCAGUCGGUUACCUUCGAGGAUGGGGCAGUCGGCGACCAAUCAGAGGCUCGAGAGAACAAUGUACCGGACCCGCAAGCGCAAGCAACAUUCAACAGGACCAGACAGGGCAAAGAUCUUUUCGAUUGGAUCGGUCUAGGAACAGGACGAAAUGUAGAUCCCUAUAUAGCGAAGACGAACAAGGGUUGUCUGAACGGUGAUCUGGCGGAAUGUUUCAAGUCUCAGGCGUUGAGUUACUUUUCAGACUUCUUCGAUCACCCUCAUUACGACUUGAACGAUUACGUGAAGGUUGUGAGGAUGUCUAGGGACGUGGUUAAGGAAGUCAAUCGUCAGCCGUACGAAUAUUCCGGGGAGGCAAGAUCCAGCGACUCGGAAUGGGACCAAUUAAUGAAGUUCGCCCUAAGAAAAGCAGAGAAGUUUGUGAAAACGGUAGCCAUCGAGCUUCACAUUCCAUCGGAACAGACUGGGGACAACGAAGUAUACGCUCCUCGAUUUUUAGACGAAAUCGCGGACGAGAUCGACACCUUGGAGAACAAAAAGGACACUCUAUUUUCUCGCCAUCAGUUCAAGAAGCUCCUGUUACCGAUGCUGAUCGUCUUGAAGCUAUUCAAGUUGAAAUUACUAUUGUUCCUACCUCUGAUCCUGGGUCUGGCGUCCUUCAAGAAGUUCCUCGGCUUCUUGGCGAUCGUGAUACCAGGUCUGAUUGGCUUCUUCAAGCUGUACAAGCCGCUCAGCCAGAAUUAUCAUCCUCCAGUGUACAGUCAGAGUGGCAUCGCUUACCCUUAUUACAAAGACAAUUCGAAUAAUUAUGCGUAUCAUGAGCAAGACGCUCAUCACGGUCCAGAGUACCAGGAUUACCAUAGGGACACCGUGUCCUUCGGCCAGGAGCUUGCUUAUCGAGGCUACCGAGAGUAUCAGUCGUAAAAAGCUGAACAAUUUCAGCAUUACUUUAAAUAAUACUCAAUACUCUCUCCUACAAUAGAUAAAUACUUUCGCCAGAUUAA